AUCACAGAGCUGUAGUGAAACAAAGAAGUGUUAUUGUGCUUUGUGUCUGUGUCUAUCUGGCAGAUUAAACACUCAGUACAGGACACAUACCCUUCUGACUAUCCACACGAUUCACCAAUAUAGGAAUCAUGGGUAGUAAAACGCUUCCUGCUCCUGUACCUCUACAUCCAUCCCUCCAGCUGGCCAACUAUUCCCUUCUGCAAUCAUCUAAUGGCUUCCAUCUUCCUACCGAUCAAAUGCCUGGCAUCUACAGCUUCAGUGCUCUUCACGCCGUCCACCUGCACCACUGGACGCUGGGAUAUCCUCCAUUUUUGCCACGCUGCACCAUCUCUCGUUUCCCUCUUCCUUCCAUCCCGCUCCUCCCUCACCUUGUGCAUCCGGGCAAGCAGGAAACCAAAAGUAAGCCACGGUUCGAUUUUGCCAACUUGGCUGCUGCUGCAACUCAGGAGGAGCCCAUUAAGGCAGAGGAUCUGACUGUUGCAAGUGGAGGCCAUACGAAUGCAGCCUCACUGGGUUGUCUUUUGGAUGUGGCCAAGCUGGCUUCUCCUGAGAGGAAGCCCAGUCGAGGGCGACUGCCAUCCAAGACCAAGAAGGAGUUUGUGUGUAAGUUUUGUGGCCGGCAUUUCACCAAGUCAUACAACCUGCUGAUCCACGAGCGUACACACACAGAUGAAAGGCCGUAUACAUGUGACAUCUGCCACAAGGCCUUCAGGAGGCAGGAUCAUCUCAGAGACCACCGGUACAUUCAUUCCAAAGAGAAGCCGUUUAAGUGCCAGGAGUGCGGAAAAGGUUUCUGUCAGUCCAGGACUUUGGCUGUCCACAAAACAUUACACAUGCAAGUCAAAGAGCUCAAACCUGCCAAGAUAAAGUGAGGUCACGCUGUAUUAGCCAAUGGGGACACUGGACAGCCAAAGACCCGAGUACAGCAGCCAAUAGCAAUAGCAGCAACAUGACCAAAGAGCGAAAGGUGCAAAACAAAAUGCUGUAAAAAUAUCGACUUACAGAUCCAAGAGCUUACCAAAUCUACAGACAAUCUGAAUAAGUGGACAGAUAUGGAUUAAAAGCUAAGGUCAAGCUAAUUGUCCAGAGAUGUGAAGACAAUAGCAAGAGCCAGUAGCAAAAGCCAAAGCCAAAAGAGACUUUUUCAUUAUGACCCAAGAGUGAAAGGUGCACGAGUGCCUUAAAUGGAUUGUUGAUACUGCAAAUAGGCAAGAAGUUUUAUGACCAAUGACUGCUCAUGGAAUGAACCUAGGAUGUCAGCCAAUAGAAUUUCACUAAACAGAUGACAGCAGUGAAUAGGGUCAAUGAGGUCAAUGGACAUCCUAACAGUCGAGAGCAACAUCCAACUGGGUCACUGUUCACUGGUCAUUGUAUAUCCAAAUAGCUGAUGUCGCCAUCCAGUGGGGUUAAAUGGAAUUCCAACGACCCUGUGAUAUCAAAUAGGGCCACUUAAGGUCCCUAGAGUCCCUGCAAAGAUCUAGAGGACAGCAACUGACACUGAUUAUUUUAACAAAAUAAUGGUUUUGACCAAAAGGUGAAAGGAUGCAAGACUGAAUUAUUAUGAGACCAAAAUGGAUUUAUGUAUCGUUGAAGUUACAAAACAAUGAACUUGUUCAAUAUUGGACAGACUUAUAUCCAAGUGACAAUGUACUCUGACUUUUAAUGCAUAAUUCUUCUGGACUUAUGGAUUUAUGAAUACAUCUUGGAAUGUUUUGUAGCAUACCAGUGAAUCAGAUUCAGAGGACAGACUGAGAAAAUGUGAUCUGAUUGAUCUAUCAGUUUUUCAAGGUUGAUUGAAUUUGGUUGAUGAAGACCAAUUGUAGAUGCCAGCAAAGGCCUCUGAGACAAUCAUAAAAAAGUAAAAACCAAAGGUGUUCACUUGACUUGACAAAGCUACAUUCCAAAUUUGUAAAUUUUUUUGUACAGAUUUUUCUUUUGUAUAAUUAUUUGGCACUUUAAUCUGUUUAUGGAUUAUUUACAUAUAUCAC